GUGUGCUGUACCCAAUGGUGACCUGACGAACGGCAGGAUGUUCGGAUAUUUAGCGACUUUCACCAUUUUAUUGGUUCUGACCAAAUGCUCGACUGCAGAGGUGAAAGAAUUCUGCUCUUUCUUCAACAACCGUGCACCAAAGCCCCAGCCAAAUCUAAAGAACUGUACAUGGUUUAAGGAAAACAGUUGUUGCAUGCAAGAGGAGAUCGCGGAGACGUUUGGACAAGUAAAGAGCCUUCCUGGGGCGUCCCAAGCCUGCCAACAGUACACAAAUUACUUGAUGUGCUACAUAUGUGCCCCCUACCAGAACAUGUUUUAUAUGUGGGGUUACUUAGAUGUGUGUGAGGAAUUCUGUGACGCCUGGUACGGAGCUUGUGGGUCGGCCAUUCUGAAAGGCUCUAAAGUAAACCAGCUGUAUACGAAUGGCAGUGACUUCUGUAAGAGUAGGUCAUACAAGGUCAGUACGAUAGCACAAAAACACUGUUUCUUUUUUGAUAAAUUGAUGGACACGACGAAUGGACAACGUUCAGGGCAUGUUUAUUGGGAGCACCCAGCCAUGUUGGUAUCGACUCUAAUCAUGUUUUGUUUGGUGCUAUAUCCGCUGUAGCCAGCCAUUGCAUCGAGUUCCAUCAAGAUCGAUAACAUCCAUCGAUCACCAAGCACCACGUUCAUCAGGAACCACUUAAUUUAUACAGGAAUAACAGCAAACAUAUCGUAAAAAAUGAAGAAGAAAUACAUGUAAUGAGUUCAGAAUACUGUUUCUCGUGAACGAAAUUCCUGAAAUAUGAAUUUAUCUGAAGCAUGGACCUUCCAUAAGCCCAGUCAAUGCCCUAGACUGUGUGCUCACAACACUCAUAGGACUGUGAUACAAUAGAAUCGAUACGAGGCGUGCGAGCCAAAAACCCGUCUUCUAUGACAUAAAUGUGUGUGUGUACUUGUAGCCAAAGGGGAUUGGAAGAAAUUUACAACCCAAUGUGUAUUAUAAGGUAUUAUAUAUGAACUACGGUGUUGGAAAUAAGUGUCAAGUCCCUGUGCUUGUAGCUAAGUUAAUUGUGAUAUCAUUUAAAGUUUGUUUUACAACGAUUCUUGAUUUUUAUUGUGACUUAACUAAAAAUGGAAGAGAAAUGUUUUUUGUAGGAUAACUAAUUUGUAUGUAGAUAUCAACAUUAUUCAUGUAGUUCACUCCAUACAUAUCUCAUUAUGUUUUCACAACCAAUGUAAAUAUAACAUUAAACCAUAUGAAAUAUUUCAA